UUUGUCCGCUUCCUCCCCCCCCCGUUAUCGCACGGAGCGGUGCGGCUCUUCUGCGUUUAUUUCUCCGUUGCUAUUCCCAAGGCGGUGUUAUUUUUCUGCAGGCGGCGGCUCGCUGCGCGCUGUAGGGUUGCCCCCAACCUAUCCCUUGGUAUAUUUUCUCCAGUGUUUGUUGCGCUCGUGUAAUUGUUGUAGGAGGGAGGGAAAAUCAAAGCACAACAUUAAGGAAGCUUUGUUUAAAACCAAGGUACUCAAAACGAGUACUGUGGCUUAGCUCAAGAUCUCUGGCUUAUUGUUUCCUUUCCAGCUUUACGUUGCAUUUUGCCGGCUGCUGUCAUCGCAGCUGGUUGGAGACCAAUUCACAUUUACUAUUAAUAGCUGUGGGACUGUGAGCUCAGGUCCUGUCAACAGUUCCAGCUUGUAAAAAGGCCUUUUACGUAGUAAUUCUGAGAAGUACCUGUUUUAUGUACUAAUCUUCAGAUAAGGAGCCUGCAGUCAUGUCCUGCUUUUUUAGAUCCUCUAAACCUACAGACCCAAUGGCUGUCCCACCAUCAUACAGUGACUUGGGAAAGUCUGCCAGGGAUAUAUUCAACAAGGGAUAUGGAUUUGGAAUGGUUAAGUUAGAGGUGAAGACCAAGUCUUCCAGUGGGGUGCUGGAAUUCACUGCAACUGGUUCUUCCAACACAGACACGGGCAAGGCUUCCGGUAGUCUAGAGACCAAAUAUAAGGUCAAAGACUAUGGAUUUACAUUCACCCAGAAGUGGAACACAGACAACACACUGGGAACAGAAGUUUCCGUGGAGGAUCAGUUGGUUGAAGGAUUGAAGGUGGCUCUUGACACUACAUUUGUACCAAACACAGGGAAGAAGAGUGGAAAGUUGAAGACCUCCUACAAAAGAGAAUAUGUAAAUCUAGGCUGCAACGUAGACAUUGAUCUCUCUGGACCAACCAUCUAUGGUUGGACAGUGCUGGGCUAUGAAGGCUGGCUCGCUGGCUACCAGAUGGCUUUCGAUACAGCCAAAUCUAAGCUUUCGCAAAAUAACUUUGCCUUGGGAUAUAAAGCACGGGACUUUCAGCUGCACACCAAUGUGAAUGAUGGCACCGAGUUUGGUGGGUCUAUUUAUCAAAAGGUUAACGAUAAGGUUGAGACAUCGGUCAAUCUUGCAUGGACUGCUGGCAGUAACAACACACGUUUUGGUAUUGCUGCCAAGUACCAACCGGAUGACAACACUUCCAUUGUGGCUAAAGUGAAUAAUGCCAGCCUGAUUGGAGUUGGUUACAGUCAUGUCCUACGACCUGGUGUAAAGCUGACCCUCUCGGGCUUGAUUGAUGGCAAGAAUUUCAGUGCUGGAGGCCACAAAGUUGGGCUGGGAUUUGAGCUGGAAGCUUAAUGCAGCUUUAAGUAAAACAACUGGCAGUGCUCUGGAAGAUGAAGGAAAAAUGUACCCAGUGUGUUUCGGCCUUAAUCUUACUCUGAAAUUUUAAGAAGUGUGAACUUUCUACUCUUCCAAAGAAUCAUUUUAACCCAACACUGAAGUCCAGAGAGUGCCAGCACAUCCAAGGAAGAUACUUGAAGGCAUGCAUGGAAGUUGUGAUGUUUGUGCCACAUUUCACUUCAGUUUCCUGUACUUCAUUCUGUUCCUAAAAACAGACAAAAAUCCCACCUUUCCCCAUUAUUGUAGUCCAUCCUGCAUGUCCUGUACUUCACAGCCUUCUAUAAAAGGUGGUCUCUGUGCUAUCGUGAAAAUGGGUUUACAUCAAAAUGAAAUAAAUUGGUCACAGUUGGAACAUAA